ACAAGUUUCCUGUUGGGGAACGCCCAGAUAGUGGAAUGGCCAGUAGUAUACAGUAAUGACGGGUUUUGUAAGCUGUCGGGGUACCACAGGGCAGAAGUCAUGCAGAGGAGCAGUACAUGCAGGUAAGAACUGGGCCUCUGUCCCUGUCCUGUCACCCAUUAUUUCCACUGCUCACAGAAGCUUAACAUAUCCACGGAUGGUAAAAAUGAUUUGUUUGCACAUGCAUGUAACGUGAGUUGACAGUGGGAGAAGGACUAAAGGAGGUCAUUACACAGUCCAGUUUUGGUACACACACACAAGGUAUAUGUAGAAUAUCCAAUUGCUCUGUGGUCACAUAAAAAAACUGUUUAAUUAAAAAAUCUGUUUAAUUAUAACCCCUCUGCUGUCAGGUUUUAUACUUUGAUUGAUUGAUUGAUUGGCUUCAUAAAGCAUUCAUAUAGGCUUCAUAAGCACUGCAUAAAUCACAAAUAAUCUAUAACUGUAUUUCAUGCUCUAUAAAAGAUUAAUACAUGUGAACAAAUAAAUGUAUGGUUAUGUCACAUUAUGAAUAUUUAUACAGCAUGAUAUAUGGUUAUAUAUGAUUUGUGAAUGUAGUUCUUAUUCCUGACCCCUUCCACACAUGCUUUUCUUAUCUUUUCAUUUAAUUUUUUAUGUUUACAAAUCUGUAAACAAAUACACUGAGUGUACAAAACAUUAGGAACACCUUGCUAAUAUUGAGUUUCACCCCCCCCCUCUCCCCCAUUUUGCCCUCAGAACAGUCCUAAAUUCGUUGGGCCAUGGACUCUACAAGGUGUCAAAAGCGUUCCACAGGGAUGCUGGCCCAUUUUGACUCCAAUGCUUCCCACAGUUGUGUCAAGACUGUUGGAUGUCCUUUGGGUGGUGGACCAUUAUUGAUACACACGGGAAACUGAUGAGUGUGAAAAACUCAGCAGCGUUGCAGUUCUUGACACACUCAAACCGGUGCGCCUGGCACCUACUACCAUACCCCGUUCAAAGGCACUUCAAUAUUUUAUCUUGCCCAUUCACCCUCUGAAUGGCACACAUACACAAUCCAUGUCUCAAUUGUCUCAAGGCUUAAAAAUCCUUCUUUAACCUGUCUCCUCCCCUUCAUCUACACUGAUUUGAAGUGUAUUUAACAAGUGACAUCAAUAAGGGAUCAUAGCUUUCACCUGGAUUCGCCUGGUCAGUCUGUCAUGGAAAGAACAGGUGUUUCUAAUGUUUUGUACACUCAGUGUAUGUAUGCAAAAAAAUAACUGACAGUGUUGAACAACUUCCUAUGUGGAUAAUACUUGAUAAUGCGUGUGCAAAUUGUGCAGUUAUAAGCUGCUGCUGUUGUAACACUUUGUGUUUCCCUCUCAGAGAACUCAUGAAACAGUAAUGAUAAUUGCAUCUCAGUAUGAAAAUGUAUGCACUCACUAACUAUAAGUCGCUCUGGAUAAGAGCGUCUGCUAAAUGACUAAAAUUUAAAAAUUUAAAUCUUGGUCUGUACUUGGUGGAAUGUUCAGUAUAUUUGUAUAGUAUAAUCUAAGGUUUCUCUGCUCCAGUCCUGGGGGCCCAGUAUACAGGAUUUCAUUUUAAUUAAUUACUCUGAUUAAGAAGGCUCAAUUACAUGGCCGAAGCAGCUGGCUUGCCCUUGUAUAUGGCAAUUUAACAGUCACAUCAGCUUGCUUGUGCUGAGGUGGGAGGGGAGGUGUUAUUCAUACUGUAUAAAUAGUAACUGUAAUGGAUUAUAAACUGUUGGAGAGGAAAUGGUGAGAUAUCUUUGACGUGAUACAUUCUCGAUUUAAAGUAUUUUAAUUAGGGUGUCCUGCACACUUGUAAUACCCAAAGGAGUGGGAUUUGCUGUCAUGCAGGAGAUGGAGCCCUAAAUUGUCACACCCCUCCCCCCUCAUUUUUGCCAUGUCUUGAUGGCUAUGCAUGAUCACAGAACAGAAUAGAUACUUUGACACAUAGCAAGAGUGCUUACGUUUUUUGACUGAAGCUGCGCACACUGAACUUGCAGACACUGACAGUAAUGGGGCUUCUGAAAAUAACCCACACUUGCUGCACACUGGCCUUCCUAAGAAAUAGGCAGACAAAGAUCCAAAAGCUGUUGCUAUGGGGAUAUCUUCUGUAAAAAAUACUUUAUUUUUCACCUGAUAAGAUCAGAGUGACCAGAAUGAUAGGAGAUAAAAGUUGGAGAGGAUGGGUGGGAUUGACGGAAGUGGCUUUAAUUUGUAGACUUAGGGCCUAGAUCAGAUCAGCGUUAACCUGCGGUAACUGACAAUCGCAUAGCAUAUUAUUGUUUUUUUUCUUUGGACGAUGUUGGAGGUAUAACACAUUGGAGCUGUCAAAUUGGUGAGCGGCUUUUGUGGUCAUUGUCACGAAACCACACCCAUCCUUAUAUCCCACCCAUGUUAUACAGUGCCUUCAGCCUGAAUUUAAAAUAGAUUACAUUGACAUUGUGUGCCACUGAUCUACACACAAUAACCCACAAUGUCAAAGUGGAAUUUAGUUUUUAGACAUUUUUAGAAAUUAAUAAAAAAUUAAAAGCUGAAAUGUCUUGAGUCAAUAAGUAUUCAACACUUUUGUUAUGGCAAGCCUAAAUAUGCUCAGUAAAAAUGUGCUUAACAAGUCACAUAAUUAGUUGCAUGGACUCACUCUGUGUGCAAUAAUAGUGGUUAACAUGAUAUCCCACACAUACAGUGGGGGAAAAAAGUAUUUAGUCAGCCACCAAAUGUGCAAGUUCUCCAACUUAAAAAGAUGAGAGAGGCCUGUAAUUUUCAUCAUAGGUACACGUCAACUAUGACAGACAAAUUGAGGAAAAGAAAUCCAGAAAAUCACAAUGUAGGAUUUUUAAUUAAUUUAUUUGCAAAUGAGCAAGAUUUCUGGCUCUCACAGACCUGUAACUUUUUCUUUAAGAGGCUCCUCUGUCCUCCACUCGUUACCUGUAUUAAUGGCACCUGUUUGAACUUGUUAUCAGUAUAAAAGACACCUGUCCACAACCUCAAACAGUCACACUCCAAACUCCACUAUGGCCAAGACCAAAGAGCUGUCAAAGGACACCAGAAACAAAAUUGUAGACCUGCACCAGGCUGGGAAGACUGAAUCUGCAAUAGGUAAGCAGCUUGGUUUGAAGAAAUCAACUGUGGGAGCAAUUAUUAGGAAAUGGAAGACAUACAAGACCACUGAUAAUCUCACUCGAUCUGGGGCUCCACGCAAGAUCUCACCCUGUGGGGUCAAAAUGAUCACAAGAACGGUGAGCAAAAAUCCCAGAACCACACGGUGGGACCUAGUGAAUGACCUGCAGAGAGCUGGGACCAAAGUAACAAAGCCUACCAUCAGUAACACACUACGCCGCCAGGGACUCCUGCAGUGCCAGACGUGUCCCCCUGCUUAAGCCAGUACAUGUCCAGGCCCGUCUGAAGUUUGCUAGAGUGCAUUUGGAUGAUCCAGAAGAGGAUUGGGAGAAUGUCAUAUGGUCAGAUUAAACCAAAAUAGAACCUUUUGGUAAAAACUCAACUCGUCGUGUUUGGAGGACAAAGAAUGCUGAGUUGCAUCCAAAGAACACCAUACCUACUGUGAAGCAUGGGGGUGGAAACAUCAUGCUUUGGGGCUGUUUUUCUGCAAAGGGACCAGGACGACUGAUCCGUGUAAAGGAAAGAAUGAAUGGGGCCAUGUAUCGUGAGAUUUUGAGUGAAAACCUCCUUCCAUCAGCAAGGGCAUUGAAGAUGAAACGUGGCUGGGUCUUUCAGCAUGACAAUGAUCCCAAACACACCGCCCGGGCAACAAAGGAGUGGCUUCGUAAGAAGCAUUUCAAGGUCCUGGAGUGGCCUAGCCAGUCUCCAGAUCUCAACCCCAUAGAAAAUCUUUGGAGGGAGUUGAAAGUCUGUGUUGCCCAGCGACAGCCCCAAAACAUCACUGCUCUAGAGGAGAUCUGCAUGGAGGAAUGGGCCAAAAUACCAGCAACAGUGUGUGAAAACCUUGUGAAGACUUACAGAAAACGUUUGACCUGUGUCAUUGCCAACAAAGGGUAUAUAACAAAGUAUUGAGAAACUUUUGUUAUUGACCAAAUACUUAUUUUCCACCAUAAUUUGCAAAUAAAUUCAUUAAAAAUCCUACAAUGUGAUUUUCUGGAUUCUUUUUCUCUCAUUUUGUCUGUCAUAGUUGACGUGUACCUAUGAUGAAAAUUACAGGCCUCUCUCAUCUUUUUAAGUGGGAAAACUUGCACAAUUGGUGGCUGACUAAAUACUUUUUUUCCCCACUGAACAAUUAUCUGUAAGGUCCCUCAGUCGAGUAGUGAAUUUCAAGCACAGAUUCAACCACAAAGACAUGGGAGGUUUUCCAAUGGAUCAACAGCAUUGUUAAACCCUAACCUAAAUGACAGAGUGAAAAUAAAUGAGUCUGUACAGAAUACAAAUAUUCCAAACAUGCAUCCUGUUUGCAAUAUGGCACUAAAGUAAUACUGCAAAAAAAUAUGGCAAAGAAAUGAACUUUUUGUCCUGAAUACAAAGCAUUAUGUUUGGGGCAAAUCCAACACAACACAUUACUGAGUACCACUCUCCAUAUUUUCAAGCAUGGUGGUGGCUGCAUCAUGUUAUGGGUAUGCUUGUCAUCGGCAAUGACUAGCUAGUUUUUUGGGGGGAUAAAAAGAAAUGGAAUAGAGCUGAGCACAGGCAACAUCCUAGAGGAAAACCUGGUUAAGUCUGCUUUCCAACAGACACCUUUCAGCAGGAAAAUAACCUAAAACACAAGGCCAAAUAUACACUGGAGUUGUUUACCAAGAUGACAGUGGCCUGCUGAAACUCUAUGGCAAGACUUGAAAAUGUCUGUCUAGCAAUGAUCAACAACCAACUUGACAGAGCUUGAAGAGUUAAGAAAGAAUAAUGGGCAAAUAUUGUAUAAGGUGUGCAAAACUCUUAGAGACUUACCCAAAAGGACUCACAGAUGUACUCGCUGCCAAAGGGGAUUCUAACAUGUAUUGACUCAGGGGGUUGAAUACUUAUCUAAUCUAGAUAUAUUAGUGUUUUAUUUUCAUUAAUCUUAAAAAAACAUUUGUCUUCCACUUUGACAUUACAGAGUAUUUUGUGUAUAUCGCUGAAAAAAUAGACAAUUAAAUCCACUUUAAUCCCAAUUUGUAACAAUAUAAUGUGGAAAAAGUCGAGGUGCGAAUACUUUCUGAAGGCACUGUAAGUUCAGAACGAGAAAGUGUAGGCUAUAUAGAUAAAAAUACACUAACAUUCAAAAUCAUUAAACAAAAUAAGGAUUUAAAUCCGCCUAAUCGAGGUGUUGCCUUGUGGUUUGAGGUUAAGACCAUCUCCGACAUCUUCAGCUCCUCAACUUAAACACACUUAAAUAUUUAUUCUGGGCCAGGUAGACAACCUCUUGUUGGGGCAAACCUUUAACCUCAUGGCCCAAGCAAAAGGAAAACAUAUUUUGCUUCACCACGGUCAAAGAAUAUGCGAUAGUCUGUCUGAAUGUUUUGGGAACUUUUGAAGAAUGUUCUGUGUUCUAAAACACAUUUUGUGUGAUGAUGUGUAUAACUGGACACACCCACCGCAGGCAGGGAGCAGCAAAGUGUCAUCCGCAGAGCAGGUUAGGGUUUGAUCAGGGGCACAAUGGCAAUAGUUUACAUGGAGAAAAUAUUCUGAUUUAGGCUUACCACAGGAUGUUUAGAAUUUGAACUUAAUGUUGAAAUCAUAAUAUGGAUAUUUAAUCAUGAUAUGGAGUGAAAAACCUGCCAACAUUUAGGAAAUGCUGCUCAAAUACUCAAAACACUGCUUUUAAGUAAUUAUUUUAAAAGGGUAAUUACUCUGACGUUGCGUCAAUGUUGCAUGUUCAUCCACGGUUCACCUAGGGUUGGGUUUGGGAGGUUAUCAUGUUAUCAGCUCCCUCUUGCUUACUCAGGCCUCUCUUUUGUUCAACACAAACACUGUAUCUAUAGGAUUUGACAGUCAAUGUCAUCACGAUCCCAUGAGCAAAAUUACAGUUCAAUGAGUGAUAAAAUGGUGACUGUUGUGUGGAUGUUCAUGCCACACAGGUUUGCACUACUAACCCUCUCUCUUUGUUUUUCCCCAUCUGUCUUUCAAUUUUUUUUUCCUCUAUCAAACUAACCCUACCUACCAUGCAUUUUUUUAACCCUCUCCUUCUUUGGCUCCUGCAGUUUCAUGUAUGGGGACCUGACAGACAAGAACACAAUAAAUGAAGUCAGGCAGACCUUUGAUAACUAUGAAUCCCAUUGCUUUGAAGUGCUGCUCUAUAAGAAGAACAGUGAGUAUAAAGAUGUCACUAGCUAUCAUUGUCAAUUUAGGUUAGGGGUUUUCCGCUGUGAGGAUGGGGUUAAAGUGGCUACGGUUUUUAGAAACGUUUUAUUACUAAAGUUCCCUCUGGGGAAAAUGAAGUUAUUCUACAGUAUUCUAUUCUCACUGACAUUACAUGAUUAUACACUUAAAGGUGCUUUAUGCAACAAUUCCACCUGCAAUAUUCCUAAGUAUCAAUGGUAUAUAUGUAGAAGUAAAGGAAUACAAAUUGGUAGCAAUCUAUUCUAUGGCACAGAAAUAAUCAGAUAUUUACUCUGUAAAAUUGUAAUUGCACAAUAUAUGAACAAAACACUUGUUUGUUUCUUUGGUAUUCAUUGGUAUUUAUUGAAAUAAGCCCCAUUAACUCAAUUUAAUAGCAGGUACAGAUGUAAGAUCUUAAUUUGAUCACCCUGUUGCAGGAUAACUUUCGUGCAAUGCAGGACAUUUUAAACUUGUAGUGUAUUUUAGGUUUAAAAAGGCUUCUGAAGUUUGUAAUUUCCACUUAGAAAUUUCAGACUUGAUUUUCCCUAAUGAAAAAUGUAUGAACCACUACACAAAUGUCCAUUAAUUAUAAUCCACAUAAUAACUCACAUUUCCUGUUGCUGCAUGAUUAUAUUCCUGCUGUAGCAAACUGGCUCAAAUUAAGAGCCUACAUCUGUAGUUGCCAUUUGUGUUUAAAUAUAAAUAAGUACCAGAGAUUACCUAAUGAUACCAGAUCUUUUCCUAUUAUGUAGCCUUUUACACUCCUUCCUUGGUUCCCUUCUCCUCUUUUACUCUGCAGGGACACCCAUAUGGCUCUACAUGCAGGUGGCUCCCAUCAGGAAUGAGAACGACAAGGUGGUUCUGUUCCUGUGUACCUUCAAAGACAUAACUGUCUUCAAGCAGCCUAUUGAGGACGAAUCCACCAAG